CUUCUAGUGGAUGCCAAAUGCAAUACCGUUCAGAGAAAUCGCCAUGUAGUCAUUUAUAACAAAUCAAUACCCGGAGAGUGUAAACCUCGGCAGAACCGAAGAAUGGGAGUAGGGUUUCCAAUCCAAAUGCAGACAUCUCUGCUAUCCUUGCCGGACGAACUCAAAAUUGAUAUACUGAUGAGAUUACCAAUAGAAUCUCUGAUUUGUUUAAGUGCUGUGAGUAAACCAUGGCUCUCAUACCUCACCAGUUCUGAAUUCGUCUCUGCACACCUGUCUGAAGGAGCUACCAAGCAGUUCUUCUUUGCAACUACGACCUGUAGAAACCGCCGUUUCGCUCUAAUCAAAGAUGGCUACAGAGCCGACCGUGAUCUCACGGUACAAUUCGUACCAAUCAUCAAACCUGAUCAGCAAUUCCAAGAUAGGUUUUCAAUAUCUUUCCAUCCUUGUGAGGCCACGGGGAUCGAAAUUGUGGGCAGCUUUGAUGGAUUGCUUUGCUUAACCUUUACCCACCCAAAUUCUCACCCCUCAAUUAUAUUAUGGAACCCUUCUAUCCGAAGACAUGUGUUGUUACCGCCUCCCUCCAUUCACACUCCAAGGAGAGGUGGUAAUGGAAUAGGAUUUUGUGUUGCCAGUGACGGUGAUUAUAGGGUUGUGUGGGUCCAUGAAAGGCAUUGGGUCGAGGAAAGGCAUGCAAAUAGUGCUAUGUCGGUUGAAAUCUACUCUCUCAAUUCGGGAAAAUGGAGGAUUAGACGAUUUGAUCAUGAUUUGUUUCCUACAAGAUGGUUGCUGAGUGGUCAAGCUUUUGUAGGAGGUAAGAUGCAUUGGCUUGGAUGUCAGUAUGAUGAGGGUUGGACGAUUGAGUCUGAUUAUGCAUACGAAAUGUGCGAUACUCGUGACAAUUGUUCAAUCACUUCAUUUCACAUAGAUGAAGAGGUAUUCGGAGACGUACCACUCCCAAAUAGAUUUAAACGUUUUGACUGGCCUGCAAGGCAAUCUAUUGCUGUGGUUAAGGAUUCACUGGGUUUGAUAGAUAUGACUGACCCAAUAUGUUGUGACAUCUGGGUAAUGCAAGAUUAUGGUAAUGUGAACUCCUGGGCUAUGCUAUAUUCCAUUGGUUAUCCAGAUUAUGAUGAUAAAAGGUUACCCUUAAUGGAUGCAUUAAACACUUGGAAGAAUCCAGGAGUUUCUGCAGGGGCACACCAAUCGUUCUCAUUCAUGGACCGUGAGGCCUUUGUGGUGUAUGGGGAAUAUGGUGAUAAUAGAUUUGAGUAUGUAGCAAAGUAUGUGGAAAGCCUUGUUUUACUCGGACACAAAGAUGCCGUUGCGGACGUGCAUUUGCUUCAGGCUACUGCAGAGCACAUGGCGGAGGAGAUUGCAGGUGAUGGACAAGAAAACUAGGGAAGGUUUGACAAACUUCUAGCUUGCUUUCAUACUUUAAUCAUUUAAUAUAAAGAACGAAUUUUGAAAUAUUUACGUUUUAGAGAGUCAGCACAUACCAAGUGAUAUUUACUAAAUGUCAUUUUAUCUCUAUAACAGUUAACUUCAAUAGACUCAAUACAUCAAAUGCUUCCUAUAUCUUUCUAGGCCAUAUAGCAUUGAAUUAGAAAAAAUCAAUAUGUGCAUGCUAGAUUGAUACGUAGUAUAGUACACAAUAUGUAUGAACUUCUUCUAGAAGAAUUAAUUUGGGGUGAACUGUAUUGGCUAAAAUUAAAAUAGUUUAGGGCAGAUGACUUAAAAAAACCAACACGACAUUGUUUGUACUGUGGAAAUUAUAGCAUGUACCCCAAUUUUUCAUUGAAAAUUAACCUUGUACUGUCCUGAGAAUCAAUAAUAUAUUCAUCCUAAAAUUAAAGUUUAUAUCUCACUUUUUCGUCCAAUUUGGAGAUUGCGCCCUGCUACCCUAUUUUAGCACCUCCAUUGAUUUUUCAGGGUGCAAAAUAGAUUUUGUUAUUAGAAUGGGGUGCAAACUCAAAUUUGGACGGGAAAAUGGUGUCCAAUGUCCCAAGUCUACCCUCCUAAUUCUAUUUGGGACAGUGGUAGUACCGUAGUAUUAAUGGCCACAAAUGUUGUGGAUUUAUUAUCCUCUCAUAUAGUUUCAUGCGAAUUAAUGCCUUUGAAACGAAUGAUUGCCUUUGCUACAUAAUUUGUUUACUUCUUAUGUUGCUGAAAUGCUACUGAAUAAUUCUUAGGGUUCUUAUAUCCCACAAGUCCACAACAGUUCCUUUUGUUGAUAUCUGUUGUUCUCUUAGCCUUGAUGUAGCUUUAAUCUGUAUGCAUCUGUGAGUUUCUUCAUCUGGGAGAUGGUUGGUUGUACCCCGUAUCUUUUUCUCAAAAUUAAAAAUAUUAAAGCAACACCUUUGGUCUGUAGUACCUUGACCCGUGUGUUAUUCUAGACUAACUUUAUUUUCUGGCAUAUCAACUGCAGAGAUUUAUAUACCUCCAGUAUGUGAGACAUGGAAUGACAUCAUACGUAACCAUUAUUGAGAUAGGAAAUUCUAAAAUGUUAAAUAUGGAGUUUUAAAAUAGUACUACGUAUAAAUUAUUUAAUCGUGCCUCUGGAAUGUGGAGUAGAGCUUUUCCGAUGCUAGUAGCACUGUAAGGUGGGCAUGGUCGGUUAACCGGAUUUUGGUUAACCAAUUUUUGGUUAACUGCGAUGUUGGUUAAUAUAUUGUUAGUAAUCUAGUAUCAUUAUCUGUUCCAUAACAUUGGUUUACCAAUGUUAUGGAUCUGUGAGUUUCUUCAUCUGGGAGAUGGUUGGUUGUACCCUGUAUCUUUUUCUCAAAAUUAAAAAUAUUAAAGCAACACCUUUGGUCUGUAGUACCUUGACCCGUGUGUUAUUCUAGACUUCCUUUAUUUUCUGGCAUAUCAACUGCAGAGAUUUAUAUACCUCCAGUAUGUGAGACAUGGAAUGACAUCAUACGUAACCAUUAUUGAGAUAGGAAAUUCUAAAAUGUUAAAUAUGGAGUUUUAAAAUAGUACUACGUAUAAAUUAUUUAAUCGUGUCUCUGGAAUGUGGAGUAGAGCUUUUCCGAUGCUAGUAGCACUGUAAGGUGGGCAUGGUCGGUUAACCGGAUUUUGGUUAACCAAUUUUCGGUUAACUGCAAUGUUGGUUAAUAUAUUGUUAGUAUCAUUAUCUGUUCCAUAACAUUGGUUUACCGGGUAUAAGUUAACUAUAAUUUCGGUUAACCGCUAAUCAGUUAACCAAAGAACCAUGAAAAAGAAAAGAAUAAAUCCAUCAAAUUAAUCAACAUCUGUUUCGUUAAAAAAAAUAUAAGUAGUCCAAGAUUAAAUUAGAAACUUUUGCAGCAUCAAUUCUCAAGCUUCCAAACUUUAGUUAGUCUGUAUAACUAGCUAUUUAUUAUCUUUCGAUGUGUACUACGGAGUAUUACUUUUCCAUACUAUAUGUUCCUAUAUCUAUGAUAUUUUACAGUUAUACCGUGUAUACAGUAUACGUAUGUUACUUAAGAAAAUAUAUACUCCAUACAUGUCAGUAGCUUAGCAUUAGUCUAGAAGUAUAUUCUUUCCACUAGAGCUAUGUAACUGAUUGUAAAGUGUAUAUUUCAAUACUGAUAUGAAGUGGACUGCAUGUGAAGUUACGGUGAUCGGUUAACCGUAGAAGAUAAUUUUAAUAUCGUAACCGUACCGCUAACCAUAUUUUCCUCCGGGUUGGUUAGCCGUACUGUGAGUUUUAAAAAUUCGGUUCGGUUAACCGGAAAAACACCGGUUUUCCGGUUCGGUUAAUCGGUUAUUGUAGCAGAGUUACCUCAGAUAGUCCAUCCUGUGGUGUCAAUAGUGCAGCAUUUUACUGAUAAGUCUGAUAUCAUAUUUCAUUUCUUAUGACCUCAAAAGGUUAAGCUUAUUUAUAUAUCUGUAAAUACUUAGUUAAGAAAUGGCUGACAAUUUUCUAAUAUUUGUAAUAUUGUUGUAUUGUACUUCAUGCAUUUUCAGGACUUUCUGGAGGCAGAUGCAGUAUAUAAAUGUAACUGAACUAGGUGUGAUAUUGUCAUGGUAUGUGGUUGAAAGCUGGUUGCUUGGGAUUUCAAAGCUUGUUGCUUGGGAUUUCAAAGCUGUUAUCUUCAUUUCAGCUGCCAGAACAUGUUUUGUUUUUUGCAACAAUGGUGAACAGUGUAAUUGUACCAGAUUUUUAAUGAUAUCAGGAGGUUUCACCAAAUUUAACCUGUACUGUAUUGAUGGUAUUGCAGCUACUUGAAGUUGAAAUUAAUGGUACUAUAAGCAGCUGUUUUUUUGUUUGGGAAAUUUGAUUGAAAUACAGAUUUUGUAUUGUUGAAAUAUCACUGUUUUGCGAAGGAUUUGAAUAUGUUUUGAUUCAA